CGCUGUAGCUGUGUGCCUGAGAUUUGCCUGCCAUCGAAUCCGCGACAACUCCCAGGCAUCACUCACCCUGGGCUCCGUGCAGUGCGGAAACUAUAAAUGUUGCCCACUUUAUCGGCAAGUACGGACAUAUGCUACGUUUUAUUCACCGGGUACGAAUAGGUUGUUAUUGUGCGCGAUAGUUAUCCAACUUUACGCACUGAAAAUGGACUACUAGGCUACAUCAGGUGACUACAUACACCUGAACGGAAGGAACUGUAUUUUCAGAAUAUUAGAUCCUGAAAUAAUAUAUUAUCUAAGCAUCAACGGCGAGACACUUGUUGAUCUGAAUAGACUUCACCACAGCCGCGCACUACCUGGGAAUACAAUUUUGCAUUUUGGAGGCGUACGGCUACAGAUGGGUCGGAGUCAUUCGGAGAGUGGCAUUUUAGUUUAGCUGGUAUUCAGAGUCGCCUACAGAUCGCAAUGAUCCUCGGCUUGUAACAGGUGGACGGGCGGACUGCUCGAGCAGCAUCAGUAUCAUCACAUUUGUCGGUUACCAGGGAGGAAAGUGGCAUGGGAAACCAGGUGGAUAAAAUGAAACUGUCACAUUUAAGUUACGCAGAAGUUCCUACGGUAGACCCCAACGGAUUGGACACUGAGGAGGGUCCGAGGAUCGGAGUGUCUUAUAUUUUUUCAACCGAUGACGAGGAACUGGAGGAAAAUAACAGUAACGUCGAUGGAGCGGAUAAGGAGCAUCGGACUGGCGCGGAAGAAAAACAUUACGACAAGCGCAACGAGGUGGAGUGCGCGAUUUACAACAGGGACGACUGCAUUUACGAAAAGUGCCUCAAGACCUGGGACACAGAAACGUAUUCCCCGGAGAAUCUACUAAACAAAUGCAAAGCAGGUGACCUGGUGGAGUUCGUCGCGACGGGGCAGUACCCCCACUGGGCAGUUUAUGUGGGGGAUUUCCAGGUGGUGCACCAGCACAGGGCUGAGAUAAAGAACAGCUUCCUCACAGACGCCAGCCAGGGGAGAAGAGGCAGGAUAGUGAACGACCUGUAUAAAUUCAAACCCCUGAGCGCCGACAUGGUGGUUCAGAACGCGAUGGAACAGGUGGGCGCCAAAGACAGAGAGUUGAGCUGGAGAAAUUCGGAGUGCUUCGCCGCUUGGUGCAGGUUUGGUAAACGGGAGUUCAAAAUGGGUGGGGAGAUCCGGAUAGGAAAACAGCCGUACAGGUUAAAGAUCAAGAUGUCAGAGAAACAGUGUCAUAUGCUGGAGUUUCAGAGUUUGGAGGACCUGAUCAUGGAAAAGAGGAGAAACGACCAGGUGGGAAUGACGUCAGUGAUCCAGGAGCUUGCCAAUCAUUUGAACAGUGUCGGGGAGAUCAAACGGGGUCCACUCUGUGAUCCAAUAACCACAUAGAUUACACAACGAUCUGAAGGAUUUAACAACCAACUAUGAAGACGAUUUUGCAGCUCUCCUAUUCAGUCAGGUGGCAGAUCCCACGAACUGGAGUACCAAGCACACAUUUUAUAUCACGUUUUAAUUACUGAGGUCAUGGGUAAUUGUUUGACAGUUGGAAGUGAAAAGUGAAAUAAUGAUUUUCUGGCCUAUUUAUGUUUCAUACUGAUUGAUUUAAAAAAAAAUCCUGUAUGUUUUUAAUAUCUCACCCUGGAAUCUAACAUACUGCCUUAGAUUUAUGUAAUUCUGAUGAAAACAUGCUGUGGAGUUAUAGAAUCUAAAGCUUAUUGUAUCGUGUCAAUAAGUUGAGUAAGUAAAUUAUAUUAUAAUUACAUGUUUGCAACUGAA